CUCCCCCCCAGCCUUUCACCCCCCUCCCACCCCCACCGUGUGAAGAUGGCGGAGCUGGAGAGCUUAGAGACGGCGGCGGAGCACGAGAGGAUCCUGCGGGAGAUCGAAAGCACCGACACGGCCUGCAUCGGCCCCACGCUCAGGUCUGUUUACGAUGGAGAGGAACACGGUCGUUUCAUGGAAAAACUGGAAGCACGAAUCAGAAACCACGAUCGGGAGAUUGAGAAAAUGUGCAACUUCCAUUACCAGGGUUUUGUGGACUCCAUCACAGAGCUGCUGAAAGUUAGGGGAGAAGCCCAAAAGCUGAAGAACCAAGUGACGGACACCAACCGAAAGCUGCAGAGUGAAGGAAAAGAGCUGAUAAUAGCAAUGGAAGAGCUGAAGCAAUGCCGACUGCAACAGAGGAACAUUUCAGCGACGGUUGAUAAGCUGACGCUGUGUCUUCCCGUUCUGGAGAUGUACAGCAAACUGCGAGAGCAAAUGAAAUCGAAAAGGCACUACCCAGCACUGAAGACCCUGGAGCACCUGGAGCACACCUACCUGCCCCAGGUGAGCCACUAUCGCUUCUGCAAGGUGAUGGUGGACAACAUCCCAAAGCUGCGUGAGGAGAUCAAGGAGGUGUCCAUGUCAGACCUCAAGGAUUUCCUGGAGAGCAUUCGUAAGCACUCAGACAAGAUUGGGGAGAUGGCGAUGAAGCAGGAUUGCAGAUACAAUCAGUGGAAAAUAAUUGCCAGGAUAUUCUUCAGUCUUCUGCUCUCUCCAAAUAUUAAGGCACAGCAGCAAAGAAACCUGGACAAUAUUGUAUCGCAGCACCCCAGGAUAAGCGGGGGGAAGAAGUCCAAGAAAGAAGGCUGCGCAGGCUCAGAUUUGGAGGUAAAGAACACUAGCCCCAUGUCUGAGCAGGAUUCGGGUAUCCUGGAUGUUGAAGAUGAGGAGGAGGAUGAAGAGGUGCCCGGGGCCCAGGAGCUGGUGGACUUCUCACCCGUGUACCGCUGCCUGCACAUCUACACCGUGCUGGGUGCCCGAGAAACCUUUGAGAACUACUAUAGGAAACAGAGAAGAAAACAAGCCCGGCUGGUGCUGCAGCCUCCUUCCAACAUGCAUGAAACUUUGGACGGCUACAGGAGGUACUUCAAUCAAAUUGUAGGGUUUUUUGUAGUCGAAGAUCACAUCUUGCAUACAACACAGGGCUUGGUAAAUAGAGCCUAUAUUGAUGAGCUGUGGGAGAUGGCGUUAUCAAAGACCAUUGCAGCACUGAGGACACACUCAUCGUAUUGCUCAGACCCAAGCCUGGUGUUGGACUUGAAGAACCUCAUCGUCCUCUUUGCAGAUACACUCCAGGGAUAUGGCUUCCCAGUGAACCAGCUCUUCGACAUGCUGCUGGAGAUCCAAGACCAAUACAGUGAAACGCUGCUGAAGAAAUGGUCAGGAGUUUUCAGAAAUAUACUCGAUUCAGAUAACUACAGUCCCAUCCCAGUGACAAAUGAAGAGAUUUAUAAGAAAAUAGUUGGACAGUUCCCAUUCCAGGAUGCAGAACUUGAAAAGCAACCGUUUCCAAAGAAGUUUCCCUUUUCUGAGUUUGUGCCUAAAGUUUACAAUCAGAUUAAGGAAUUCAUCUACGCCUGUCUGAAGUUUUCAGAAGACCUUCAUUUGAGCUCCACAGAAGUUGAUGAUAUGAUCAGAAAAUCUACAAACCUGCUGCUGACCCGGACGCUGAGCAACUGCUUGCAGAACGUCAUUAAGAGGAAAAACGUGGGGCUGACAGAGCUGGUACAGAUUAUUAUAAACACGACCCACUUGGAGAAAUCUUGCAAGUUCCUCGAAGAAUUCAUAACCAACAUCACCAAUGUACUUCCAGAAACUGUUCACACCACAAAACUUUACGGGACCACGACUUUCAAGGACGCCCGCCACGCUGCUGAGGAAGAGAUUUACACUAACCUGAACCAGAAGAUUGACCAGUUCCUGCAGCUGGCAGACUACGACUGGAUGGCUCUGGAGCCUGGCAGCAGGGCCAGUGAUUACCUUGUGGAUCUCAUUGGCUUCCUGCGCAGCACGUUUGCUGUGUUCACGCACCUCCCGGGGGAUGUAGAUGCCCACUCUACCAUGUCGGGGAAGGUGGCACAGACCGCCUGCAUGUCGGCAUGCAAACACCUGUCCACCUCACUGAUGCAGCUGCUGCUGGAAGCCGAAGUGCGGCAGCUGACGCUGGGCGCCUUGCAGCAGUUCAACCUGGACGUGGAGGAAUGUGAACAGUUUGCCAGAUCCGGCCCAGUGCCUGGGUUCCAAGGGGACACGCUGCAGUUGGCCUUCAUCGACUUGAGACAACUCCUGGAUCUGUUCAUCCAGUGGGACUGGUCGACGUACCUGGCUGACUACGGGCAACCCACCUGCAAGUACCUCCGGGUGAACCCCACCACAGCCCUCGUCCUGCUGGAGAAGAUGAGGGACACGAGCCGGAAGAACAACGUUUUUGCCCAGUUUCGGAAGAACGAGCGGGACAAGCAGAAGCUGAUAGACACAGUGGCCAAGCAGCUCCGCGGCCUCAUCAACAGCCAUCACUCAUGAGGGACCCACAGCCUUCCCCACGCCUGGACUUGGGAUCCUUGUUCAAAGAGAACAGAUGUAUUUUUGUAUUCGCCUGUAUAGUAUGGAUGAAACCCACUGUUAUGACAAAACGUUGUUAAAUAAUCCCGGGGCAGGUAGGUGGCACGCUGCUGGUGGAGAGGAGGUGGUGUCAGCAGUCACCAUUCUGAACUCCUAUUUUCAGGGGUUUGCAAAAGCAACGGGAAAACCUGAAGCCUGAGCGAGAAGUUCACACCCAGAUGAUGGGUUGGUUGGGUGUUUUUUGUGUGCGUGUGGUUGGGUUGGGUUUCUGGUUUUUAAUUUUUUCAUUUCUUUUUUUUUUUGUAAGCCAAAUUCAAAGAAUUGGUUUGACUUCCUUUUGUUAAGUUAUUCAGCUGCAGAAGAACAAGGGAUCACGAGAAGCAUAGGGAGGAGCUGUGGUUUCAGGUUCUUCUCAUUGGCUCUGCUCAAAAGAGCACGCAUUCAGAAGGAGGGUCGCUCCUUAGCUUGCAUGUUGGGUUUGUGUAGGAGGAGAAGCAGUGAUUUCUCAGCCCCUCUGCCCUUUUCCCAUAAGGGCUGAUUCCCACCCUGGUUCGGAGGUGGCUCCUGGGAGCUGUGACCCUUUGGUGUGUGUGGUGGCACUGCUCAGAGCUGAUGCACCCCAAGCUUUUCUUCUGGGACCUGGUGGUGUCUUGAGGCCCUGCACUGGGUAUAAAAGGCCUUCAAGAGCUGCCUCGUUGCAUAGGAGAAGCUGGGGUGCCUUAUGGGGCCAGUAUGGGCUGGGUGCUAGGAAAGAAGUGUACAACACUGCUUUGCUUUUCCUUUCCAUGCUGACUUGCAGUUCUACUCUCCCAUCCUCCCUUCCUGCUGCCAUGGUGCCACAUCCCUGUGCCUCCAGCACAUCCCUCCAACAUGGGGACGUCCCCCAAACGUGGGGUGCAGGAGGUUCCCCCUGGAGUAGCAUUGUGCACCAGCAGCCUGGCUCUGAAUGACAGAGCUCCGCUCUGCUCUGUGCUCUGGAGCUACCCGUGCAUCAUCAGCCAAAAUCAAGGCAGUCUUUGAGGACCACGUCAGCUAUCAACAGGAUGUUAAUCCCGGGCUUCAGGUUACAGAGAGAAGGGACUUUUGCCCUUAUCUUUUCAUUCCCCUUUUGACUCUCCUUACCGCAGGUGAAAGCUUAUCCGGCCGCUUCCCCCACUGCCAAAUCCUGACGCUGUGCUCAAGGGAAUUCAAAACCCUUAUUGUGAAUGGCAGGGCCCUUUCUAACACCAUUCAAAUGCGUGGGGCCGUUGGCUCUCAGACCACUUGUGGAAGCUGCUGGGUGGUUCUGAAGCCCUGGUGGGGCUCUGUUCCCCUUCAGCUCCCCAUUGCAGGGUCCUGAGCUGCACAGGGACAGGAUUUGUCCAUGUGUCACCCAGCUGAGGCUGCAGAAGGGAGCAUUUGGGCUCUUUGCUUUCUGCCCAUGAGCACUUCUGGCUUUGUAUUUUUGGCUCCAUUCACACUCCAGCUCUGGAUGCACGAAGCAGUGAUAUGUCACCUUCCUUCUUUGUUCCUCAGCCCUUUUGGGAAGGGUAUAUGAAUCCUGAAAUAGGCACAUUGCUAGCAAUGAGCUCGUGGGGCUUUGUCCCAUCACCACAACCUCCAGCCACCACAAGCAGUGCAUUAUUUCCAUUAAUACCAGGGAAGAGCUGGAACUUGGCUUUAUGGCUCCUUUCUUUGAGAGGAUUGAAGGAUACUUUGAAAUACAUACAAGAAGGAUGGAAAAAAAAAGAAGCAGAUGGAUGACAGUUGUGUGGCCAGCAAGGGACCAUAUGAUGUGAUCCACCCAAGGGGACCCUCCAGCUAGGGAUAGGUGACAGGGGACACGUGGUGGCAGAAGCAGGUGGGACCAUCUGCUUUGAGCAUCCUUUGAGCAGCAGAGCUCAGAGAUUGAAGCAAAAACCCAAUGGCGGGAGGAGGAGGGAGGUUUCAGUGCACGAGGCACUCAGUGAAGGGCCAUCCAGUCACAAGCACUUUAAAACACUUCAGAAUCACGCUGCUACAGAUGCUGGCAACGGCAUAACAGAGCAUCAGCAAGCAUGACAAAUAGAGCACUCUGGUGUUUCCAGUUGUUAUUAGUGGGAGGAUAGACUGUCAAACCCAAUUUCUAAAAGCAUUUCUCAGCCGCUGACAUCGCUGCUGGAUGAGGAGGUGCCUUUUGCACACUGAGGAUUUUCCUCCAGCAGGGAGAAGAGAGCAGGACCAUGCAGCAUCACCCCCAUGAGCUGGGGAAAGCAGCCUGCUCCUGGCUUGGAAUCUGGGGUUUUUUUUUUAUCCCCAAGGAGCAGCUCCUGUAUUGCAUUAAGUAUCCCAGAGUGGCUGUGGCUCAGGGUGAGCUCUGCUCCACGGAGUGGGGCUGGCAACUGGGAUGUGCUGCUGGGAAAGCUCAGCCCAGCCCCAUCAGAUUCAGGGAGUUUCUGAUUUUGGGAGGUCAAGCACCUAACCACAAGUCACAUCACGGGCAUGAAAAAUGGAAUUUUGGUGCUCUGGUCCUAAUUAACUUUUUGUUCCGAGAGAUGCACGUCCAUCCCUUCAAAAUAAAAUUAAUCUUUUAAACA